AUGCUCCAAGCCGUCAUGAAGCCCAAUGAGCGAAAAGCCCGGCCCACCUGUAAGAGGGCAGCAAAGAGCAAACCUCGGAACCCGGCGACGGAGGUUUGGGAGGUUUCCGAUGGAGAGCUCACCUGUAGCGAGACCAAUGAGGACAUGGGGGAUGGUGAUGGCCAGAAAGAUGAUGUCCGGGAGAUCAACUUAGAGCCCAUGAUUUCAGAGCCUUUGGCACCAGAGGCCCCACCAAUGAUGCUUGAUGACAUUUCUUUGGGGGUUGAAAAGACCUUGCCUCCUGUUGAGUCUGGGUAUCCCAUGGAUAUUUGCCCUGCUGUGCCAAUGGAAAGCAGCCCCAUGCCGACUGAACUGGAAUGUUCCGAAGAUCCCGAGAUUAUCCUUUUGGAAGACACUCCGGUCAAAGGCUGCUUUUGUGACAGGAUUGAACACCCUGAUACUCAACCAGAGUUCUAUGAAGAUUGGUAUGUAUGUGAUUUUUGUAGAGCUCAGCGCCACCCGAUGGAUGACAUUCCUACUGAGAUCGAUGAUGUAGCUACAGAAGCAGCUGCAGCCAGCAUGAUUCAAUAUUACAUGGACCAUGUCAAUGAAAAUGGUGUAGAGGGGGGUGAAAAGUCUCCGUUGCCAGCCAAAACCUAUCGCCGCCUACGGCCGUUGAUCAGUGAACCAGUCAUGGUGGACAGCCCUGGGGCUCCCGAUGUUGUUGAAACAACUGGAGAUUGUGGUCCCCCGGAAUUUCUUGAUGAUGAUCUUGGGAACGAUGACCAAGCUGAAGACAUGAUGGUUGAUGACAUCGCCCCGGCUGAGAAGCCAGCCUCUGAGUCACGCUGUGGCAUUGACUCGCCCAAGGUGCAAGCCUUUGCGCUGCUUGACGUCGCUUCUGCACCUGCUGCCUUGCUGGACAAGGAGGGCAGUGCAGAAGCAUCCAAGUAUCCUUUGCCGAGUGCGGCAUCCUAUAUGGCAGAGGUGCACAAAGAGGUGGAGAGCAUGGAUCCCCCAGAAUUUUCAACUCAGGGUGAAGCUGCUGGGAAACGUAAGGGUCGAAAAGCACAGCCAGAGAAAGCAGAAGGAAAAUCACGAGGCAGAGCAAAGGCAAAGGCAAAGGCUGCACCUAGGUCAAAGGCACCACCUAGGUCAAAGGCCGCAAAGCCCAGAGGUCGAGGUGCAAAUGCUAAGAGCAAGGCAACGCCCAAGAGGAAGGCAGCAGCACCCAAGCAGAAAGCAAGUCCCAAAAGGAAAGCAGCUCCCAGGUCGAAAGCGAAGGCAGCCCCCCAGGCAGAGGUUGCUGAUGUCGCUGAAGUCCCUGAGGUCAGUGAACCCAAGCCGAAAAGGAAGCCGAGAGCACCCAAGGCACCAGCAGCCAAUGAGGAGGAGCGUAUCCCUCCCCCACAUGUGACACACAACCACAUCUACUCCAGCGCUUACAGACGAAGUCUGGCUUUGUCUCCAGGAGACAUUGCCUUGGCAAAGCGCCAAGGUGGCAAAGCGGUUGACCAUUUCAAAACUCAUGGUACCGUCAAUGGCCUGUGUGGCAUUUUUCGAGCAAAGCCCCGGGGUGUCCAAAUGGAACAGGCAUUUGUGCACACUCCGGGCAAGUUCACUUGCAUUGACAUGUUCGCUGGACGUGCUCGAAUUUCAAAGGCCUUUACAGAGAUUGGCCACAAGGUGUGUACUCUUGAUAUCUCCAGAGAUGAAGCUGACGACAUACUGGAGCCCAAAGGAUUCUGUCGCCAUUUGCUGGCGGUGUUACAGCUCGCAACGACUGGACUGGUGGAGGAACAAGUCAUCGCUCAAAAGACUGUCCUCUUGGAUCGAAUGAGAAGUCCGCAGGAUUGGCUAAUACCUUGGUUUCACGAGAGACUGCGACGUCGCCGGUAUAUUGGACGACGAGGCUUGGUGAUUCACUACACUGAUCGCCGGGGAAGGCGUCGCUUCAAGGGUGGCCAACGGCUUAAAGAGAGCCAAGCGUAUCCCAUUCGAUUUGCCCGUGCAGUGCGAGAUGCCUGGCUUCCUCUCCACAAUCCAGCGGCUCCUCCGCAGAACCUGAUGUCCACUUCUGCACCAGUGGAACCAAUGGUGAACCAUGAGAAGGAUACUUGGGAUGACGCUAACCUAGAACAUGUGAUGUCUUGGUUGGAAACUUAUUUGAAUGAGCGUCGUAGCAAAUCACGACGUGAAUCUCUAUAG